AAAACUAUUCGUCUAUAUAUACGUAUACAAGCAUGCAUCUAUUACAUGAAGAUGUCGAAGAUAGAUAGAUAGAGAGGUUAACACCAAAGAUGUUGAAGCCCGUGGCAUCGUCUUCCUCGUCGGUCCGGUGCUGGGCGGUCAUCGCCGCUGCACUGAUCCUGUGUGCGGCCAACGUUGAGCUUGUCCAUGGAGGUGGGAGGCCUGUGCCGAGACCUCCGGCUCCGGUAGGGCAUGUGGCUCCCAAGGAGCACUGCCCUGACUGCAGCGACAACCCGCCACCGUCGCCGCCGCUUCCUCCUACUCCUCCGGCGGCUGCAGCAGAAGCACCUCCUGCUAGCAGCCAUGUGUGAUGUAGGCUGUGUGCGCUCCCUCGUUGGGCAGCAGGCCACUGCAGACAUUUCGACGUUUACUACAGUCUGUUUGACUUGCUACAGUGGUACUAGUUCUUUUUCUCUUUGAGCCGACACUGGUAUGUGUGUUUGUUUGGUUUUGCUAUGUCUCAAUCGACGGUUCAAUUGAGUGUAAAUUAGUUCAGAAAGAACACAAAUAAGUCGCGGUCUAUAAAGCUACGCUGGAUGUGUACACUGGCCACACAAUUAUUAAACCGUGCAAAUUACCAAAUUGUGCGCCCGCCACCAAAUCUAUCA